AUGCAGCUCCAAUUUCUUUACGCGCUUUGUCUAAGCUCGUUGUUGGCUCCUCUUGCAGUAUUCGCGGGAGACAGCAUCUCCACUGACUUGGAUACAUAUGGCUCUGGUGAUUCUCAAGGAACGCCUUACCAAACAUAUCUGUCGAAUGCGGACGUGAAGCCUCCCCAGCUUCAGAUCAAUUCAAACUCGUCUGGUACUGCGCCGGGCUAUGUAUUUAUUGGUGUGGACGGGAAACCGACAUCCGGUCAAAAUGUGCCCGUUAUCUACGACAUGUCAGCUGAACGGAUGGGAACGCUGGUUUGGACGGGAAACUACUCAGAGCCUUUCGACUUCAAGGUGCAGACCUAUAAAGGUGAGCCCGUGCUCACAUUUUGGUCGGGGGAGUUGUUAGACGGCUACGGACACGGCUCGUACUAUAUUCUCAAUCAGUCCUACGUUGAGAUCGCACAUUUUAGUGCUGUUGGGUAUGAGGACUUGGGAGAUCUUCACGAGUUUACAAUCACCACGGAUGACACCGCACUGGUCACUGUUUAUGCCGUAUCGCAAGCAAAUCUCCUAGAGUUCGGAGGCCUCGCAGACGGUUAUAUCUUCGAUGGCGUCUUCCAGGAGAUAGACAUUGAGUCGGGCAAAGUCGUCUUUGAGUGGAACUCCACAGAACACGUCGCGCUCAACGAGACGUACAACGACCUAGGCAGUUCCGGCACGCUGGACUCUCCUUUCGACUACUUCCACAUCAAUUCCGUCGAGAAAGAUGCGGACGGCAAUUACCUCGUCUCAGCACGUGUCAUGGAUUGCGUGUACAAGAUCGACGGCAAGACAGGUGAUAUCAUCUGGCGCCUGCACGGCAAGCGAUCCGACUUCGACGUCGAGGACGCUGCCAACUUCGCGUUCCAGCACGACGCGCGCUGGGUCGACGACAAGGCGCAGACGCGCAUGACCAUCUUUGACAACGGACCCACCGACGAGGUGGCCUACUCACGCGGCCUCCUCCUCGACGUCGACCAGUCGGCCAAGACGGUCAGGCUAAACACCGAAUUCGCAAACGGCGCAAAGACGUUCGCCAUGUACGAGGGCUGCCUGCAGCCCAUCAAUGCCAGCGACGAGAAGACGAACUACUUCCUCGGCUUCGGCAACCAGCCCUUCUUCGCCGAGCUGGACGCGGACGGCAAGAUCCUGCUCGACGUGCAGUUUGGAAAGACCAACGCGGUCAACUCGUACCGCGCGUACAAGCUGCCGUGGACGGGCAAGCCGCUUACUUCGCCGGACAUGUACUACGACGCCGGUGCGAAGAAGGCGUACCUCAGCUGGAACGGCGCGACGGAGGUAGAGUCCUGGGCCAUCUACACCGCCAACACGACCGGCGCCAACGCAGAGUGGCUGCCCCUCGUCAACGUCACGCGGACGGGCUUCGAGACGGAGCUGGAUCUGUCCGGUGUGGAAGGCAGACUCGAGACGUACGUGCGCGGCAAGGCCGCAAACGCCGCGGGCCACACUAUCGGCUGGACGCGAGCAAGUAACGGAACGGCGAUGGUGGACGCGCCCGUACCCUCCUCCGAGGCGGUCGUGGCGCAAAGCUCCUCUUCUUCUGUGUCGGCGACGUCGACGAGCUCGACAACCGCGACGCCUUCUGCGACGAAGAAGUCGGCUGCGGUCCGCAGGUGUGGCUUCAGCGAGUUGGCUGCUUUGGUCGCUGCCUUUACUGCGAUGCUGUUUGUUUUGUAG